AUGGGAUUUGGAGUGUUCCGUUUCGCUCGAGACGUCGACCAGAAUCUUUUGUGUAGCGUCUGCAGCGCCGUAUUGGAGGACGCUGUGUUAACGCCGUGUGGACAUUCAUUCUGUCUCCUGUGUUUGGAAACAUGGCUCUCGCGCCCAGGCACGAACUCUUGCCCUGAGUGUAGAGCUGUUUGUCUCAGCAAUGAGGCCACGCCCAUCCACUCCAUCCGUAACCUCAUCAACUCUCUGGACAUUGACUGCGACUACGCCGACCGCGGGUGUAAAGCCGUGGUCAAGGUUGAAAACCUCCCUCAGCAUCGGGCCUCGUGCAACUUCGCCCCCGUCCAGUGUGCAGGCUGCGACCUGACCAUCAACUGUUACGAGCUGCCCAGCCACCAGGUUCAGUGCGACGGGAUUGCAGCCGUGGUCAGCGAGGUGGACGACCUGCUGGACAAAAGGGGCUAUCGCGGCUACCAGGCCGCUCGCUCUCCUGAGGUUUCUGAACUGGCCUGCCGCGUCGCCUCGCUGGAGCUUCAGCUGAGACGAAUGCGACAGGAUUUGAACUUGGCAGAGUCCAGAAACAAAAAGCUGGAGCGCGAGUUGGUGAAAACGAAAGAAGAUCUUCAGGAAAAGCGAAACCAGCUUCUAGAUCAACAAUACACGGAUUUUGACUCUGAUUAUGAUUAUGGUUAUGCACCUCACACCAUCCCAAAGUUAUCACUACUAAUAGCACGGUUCCUGCUUGCCAAACCGACAUACAUAGACGCUAAUCGUGUGUUUAGUGCAAUUAAACGUUGCUAUGACAACUACGCCAGGUGCGGUGAGGACUACGAGCACGACGUCUAUAUGCUGACGGCGACAGCAAACGCCUGCAACUGGUUCGACGACAACCAGCGUCGUAAUAUCGAUUCCUGGCUUCAGAGCAUUGCCCGCUACAGGAAACUUCAAAGGAGAGCUUGAGCUCGACGGAAGCAAGACAUUUUAUCUUCAUUGACAGUUACUCAAGCACGGCGCCUUCGGUCUGGCAGCAAAGUUCAGCCACUUUCUGGAAAAUGCCGCUAAAACACUGUUAUUUUUCUAGUUAAUAGAAGUGUUUCUGCAUCGCUUACUUUAAAAAUCUGCAACCAUUUAAUUACACAGGCAAAAAAAGAAAAAAAAAAACUAAUGACUUGGAUUUCCUCAUAGCUGUGUUGAAUGCAAUUAAAACAGACGUGUGUUACCAUUUUUGCAGUUCACAUCUUAUUAUAUUAUUUAACUAUACUCAAAAUCUACACUCAAUUUAACCUGAAAAUCAAAUGGAUAAAGACUGGCACUGA